GGGAGGCUACUGGCAGCUGUGCUUAAGGCUGGACUCAUCGCCUGAGCCGUGAGGGGAGCCCUGAGGAGCCCCGGACGACGUGAGUGAGUCAACUCCCGCAGUUCUGAGAGCGAAUCACCCGGGCCUGCGAGCCAGGAGAUUUCUGAAGUGUGAGGUAUCUCUCCGCGACCCGUACUGUCACUGCAGCCGCGGAGCGCUGAGCCCUCAGCCAGGAGGCGCGGCUGUUCGGCCCCAGGCCCUGGCCUCCGUAAUGAGAGCCCCGAGCUACUCUCUGUCCCGCAGCCUCGCAGAUUCCUGUAGGCAAUGGAAACUGAUCUCAAUUCCCAAGACAGGAAGGACCUGGACAAGUUCAUUAAGUUUUUUGCCCUCAAGACUGUCCAAGUGAUUGUCCAGGCUCGACUUGGUGAGAAGAUUUGUACUCGUUCAUCUUCAUCCCCAACGGGUUCAGACUGGUUCAACCUAGCAAUCAAGGACAUCCCAGAGGUUACACAUGAAGCAAAAAAGGCACUGGCAGGGCAGCUGCCUGCUGUCGGGAGGUCUAUGUGUGUGGAGAUCUCACUCAAGACUUCUGAGGGAGAUUCCAUGGAGCUGGAAAUUUGGUGUCUUGAAAUGAAUGAAAAGUGUGAUAAAGAAAUCAAAGUUUCCUACACCGUAUACAACAGACUGUCCUUGCUGCUGAAGUCUCUCCUUGCUAUAACUAGGGUGACACCAGCCUACAGACUGUCCAGAAAACAAGGACACGAAUAUGUCAUAUUGUACAGAAUCUAUUUUGGGGAAGUUCAGCUGAAUGGCUUAGGAGAAGGCUUCCAAACAGUUCGUGUUGGUACAGUGGGCACCCCUGUUGGCACCAUCACUCUUUCUUGUGCUUACAGAAUUAACUUGGCAUUCAUGUCUACCAGGCAAUUUGAGAGAACCCCACCUAUCAUGGGGAUUAUCAUUGAUCACUUUGUGGACCGUCCCUAUCCCAGCUCCUCGCCUAUGCACCCCUGCAGUUACAGAACUGCUGGUGAGGACACUGGAGUUACAUAUCCAUCUGUGGAAGACUCUCAGGAAGUGUGUACCACCUCUUUUUCCACCUCCCCUCCAUCUCAGUGUGUGUUUACUGUCACAAAGGCACAUUUUCAGACCCCUACUCCUGUGGUGACGGACACUCUGAGGGUCCCCAUGGCAGGACUGACCUUUUCCCAUCAACUCUCAAGCUCUCGCCUUUCCUAUCAGCCUGCUGCCCUGGGCAUUGGAUCAGCUGACCUGGCUUAUCCAGUAGUGUUUGCUGCUGGCUUAAAUGCUACACACCCUCACCAGCUAAUGGUUCCUGGGAAAGAAGGCGGGGUGCCCCUUGCUCCCAACCAGCCUGCCCACGGUGCCCAGGCUGACCAGGACAGAUUGGCAACCUACACCCCUUCUGAUGGGGCCCACUGUGCUGCCACACCUUCCAGCAGCGAGGAUACUGAAACUGUAUCAAACAGCAGUGAAGGACGGGCCUCCCCCCGUGAUGUCCUCGAGACUAUCUUUGUCCGGAAAGUGGGAGCUUUUGUCAACAAACCAGUCAACCAGGUGACCCUGACCAAUUUAGACAUCCCCUUUGCCAUGUUUGCUCCCAAGAAUUUGGAGCUGGAAGGUGCUGAUCCCAUGGUGAAUCCUCCAGAUUCCCCAGAGACUGGAUCUCCUCUCCAAGGCAGCCUCCACUCUGAGGGCUCCAGUGGGGGCAGCAGUGGCAAUACUCACGACGACUUUGUGAUGAUCGACUUCAAACCAGCUUUUUCUAAAGACGACAUUCUUCCAAUGGACUUGGGGACCUUCUAUCGUGAAUUUCAGAACCCCCCUCAGCUGAGCAGUCUCUCCAUAGACAUUGGGGCACAGUCCAUGGCUGAGGACUUGGACUCAUUACCAGAGAAGCUGGCUGUGCACGAGAAGAAUGUCAGAGAAUUUGAUGCCUUUGUAGAAACCCUGCAGUAA